UUAUAGCGGAACUGCGGUGGGCAUUCUGACACUGGGGAAACCGACUUGGUGUCACUGACAUCCCCAGUGACACCAAUAUAGUGAUCAGUGCUAAUAAAAAGCACUGACACUGUAUAAUGGCACUGGGCAGGAAGGGGUUAACAUGUGGGGCAAUCAAAGGGUUAAAUGUGUUGCUGGGUGUGUUUUUACUAACUGCUGGCUGUGUCAGUGUGCUUUGCUGUAAUCACACUGCUUUGGAUGGCUGUGCUGUGCACAGCCAUCCAAAGCAGUGUGCACGAGCUGACAGGGAGAACUGUUUCCUUUAC